AAAUUAAUGAUCAUGAGCUCGUAUUUGAUGGACUCUAACUACAUCGAUCCGAAAUUUCCUCCAUGUGAGGAAUAUUCGCAAAAUAGCUACAUCCCAGACCAUAGUCCCGAAUAUUAUAACCGCGCGAGGGACACUGGCUACCAGCAUCACCAUCAGGAGUUAUAUCCUCCACGGUCAAGCUACCAGGAGCGACAGUAUAACUGCCCAAGCAUCCCCGAGCCCGAAACCCAAAGAGGACAUGGACUACCACUUUCUGGGCACCUGCUCGCAGGGAAGGGGCAACCUGCCUCAUGUGAACCCCAGUUACCUAUGUCCCCAUCCACACCACCGGCUGCCUCUGCCGCCUGCAACCAAGCCACACCGGAGCAUCCAAACAGCACAGCCUCUGCCAAGCAGCCCGUAGUAUACCCGUGGAUGAAGAAAAUUCACGUCAGCACCGCGAAUCCCAAUUACAAUGGAGCGGAUGCCAAGCGGUCUAGAACAGCUUACACCCGCCAGCAGGUUUUAGAAUUGGAGAAGGAGUUCCACUAUAAUCGCUACUUAACACGACGAAGGCGCAUCGAGAUUGCUCACACCCUGGUUCUCUCCGAACGGCAAAUCAAAAUUUGGUUUCAGAACCGCAGAAUGAAGUGGAAGAAAGACCAUAGGCUGCCGAACACCAAAGUCAGAUCGUCCUCUUCCGCAGGCAUAUCCAGCGGGUCCAGCACAACCUCUGCAGUCAGCGUUGUUGGAGCAACCUCGGCUCCAAGCACCAUGUCAACUACCGAUGAACUCUCCGGAUCUGACCGUGGCGAGGAUAUUACAAGGUUAUAAAAACAAUUUCACGAAGCAGAAAGAAAAUGACUGAUAAUUUAUAGAAUAUAAUAUAUUUUGUUUUCGUAGUUAUCUUGUGCGUAAAAAGGGAUUUCCAUGUAGUCCACAAUUACAUGAAAUGCAUGUUAUCUAGCAUGGAUCAAUGCGAACACCACUGGAUUUUUUACGCGAUACAGGGUUUAAUUUAUUUAAAACGGAGGCAAAAUGUUUUGUAUGAAAAUGCUGUUCUGGAUGAAGCAGUAAAUGGACAAUAUAUCUAAGUAUUAUUGUGGGCCACAGUCUGCCCACUGCUGCCAAGGUGAAGUGCACAAUUGUUCUAUUUAUUUCAUAUGUAGGAUUGGAGGACAUUCCUUUUUGUAUUUCCAUGCUACCGCCGAGAACAUAAAACGCUGAUCUUGAAAGUAGCUUAUUUGUUUAUCUGAAAAAUAUCUGAAAUACUGUGUUGCUCAGCGUAUAAAAAAUUAAAUUAUUCUUUGGUUAUGUGGUGAUGUUGUGUUUAGGCUAUUAAAGCAGAUCAUUGUGAGAUGCAAUAAAAUCCAGUUUAGUGUUGUGAUAAUCAUAUUGGUCAAUAAAACGUGAGUGUCUAUUAGUUUAAAAAAUGCUUGAGUGAAUAUCAUCCAUGUUUAAUUUAGGCCAAAUGUCCAUUUUGUGAAUAAACCUUGACUGAUCGAGUAGAAACCAAUGUGUUUGGAAGAUGUGCAGAGUCAAAUAAGGCCAC